UUACAGUAUAAAAAGGCCGAUUUCAGGGAAAAAGGCAAGAUGAAAAAAUUUCAUACCAUUUAUGCAAUUCAUUUAUCUUGAAAACCAACUUCAUGACUCUCACAAAAUCUCACUCGACUCACAUUUCUUGUUUGCUUCACUUUGCUGCUAUUUGUUGACUCACUCAUGUUGAUUUGCCAAUACUCCUUACAUUUUCUUAUGAAAUCGCCAGGUUUAUUGGAUGAAUUGUGUUUCAUCAUCUGAAUUCAUGAAGAAUAUGUUUCACUUCUAAUCAACACUAUAGAGACUUCGUUUAAAAACAAAUAUUUCUUUUUUAGUAGACUAUUUCAUCAUCAACAUCUCUUGACAACGUUACCUACCCUUUUGCUUUCUUCUUUUGACUCUUAUUCUGUUGUUGUUUGUAUUUAUCAAUCCUUUAAAGUUGAAUUACUUUCUAUUUCUAAUUUAAUGGUUACUUUAUCCUGUAAAUAUAUCACAUCAUCAUCUACACACUAUAAAACAACUACCAUCGACCACUAAAAACAACCAAGUAACACAAGAAAAUUGGACCGGAGUCACAGUGACACGAGAUUUAUACAACGGAGACUUUUUUUAAUGCUGAUUGUUAUCACCAUUCCUGACGUUAUUAGUGUGUAUUCAUCAUUAUAGUUUCAACUAGUGAUAGUUAAUCAACUAACUAUGGGCCCUCAAAGGAAAAAGAGACGUGAUGAAAUGGAUGAUGCAAGUUGCAGUCGAGAUGGUUACUCUUCUGAUUCCAAUUUUGAUUCUUCUGAGGCCUCUGGAUCAGAUACCAGUAAAACUCAAUAUGCUAAAGUGAAUCGUGUUGUUAUGGAUAAAAAUAGCGACGAGUAUCGUAAAAAGAGACAGCGAAACAACAUUGCUGUUAAAAAAUCCAGACACAAGUCAAAGGUAAAGACUAUACAAACCUUGGAGAGGGUCAAUUCAUUGAAGGCCGAGAAUGAAGAGCUUCAACAAAAGAUUGUCAUCCUAUCGAAAGAAUUGGCCUUAUUGAAACAACUGUUUAUGGCUCAUGCUAAGAAUGCUCAUGGAGCCGAUUUAAAUGAGAGUGAUCUUAAAGAAUGUUUCUCCACCGAAACCUACAAAGAAUUAACCAACAACACCAGCAGCUAAAAAUAAUUGUUUGAACACAAAGCUUACCAUUGCUCUGGACACAAAACAUCACUCAAAGCAUAUACCCAUUUCAUGGAAUUUUAUUGUAUUGUUGAUAAUGUUAUGAUCAUUUCUCUAUGGUUGCUGGCUUUGCAUGUAAAAUUUAGAUUUCUGGAAUAUCUACGUUACUUCAUUGUCGUGUUUUGAUUUGCUUACAAAACUCAUGGAAAUAUUUCCAAAUGUUUAUUUUACAGAAUUAAUAUACUUCUGUGAUGGAAGUUCUCCUCGAUCUCCUUUUUUCGUCAUCAUUCAAAGAUCAUUUUCUUUCCCCUUUUAUCAAUGUAAUUUGUUUGAUUGAUAUUUUUUGGUUCUUCAAUUGCUUUCAAUGAUUGUGAUUUAUUUUUUUCUGCUAUAUUAUGCAAUUCAUAUUAGUGUUACCACACUUCACUGAAAAUUAUCUUGUGGAUAAUAUGAUUCAAAAAUUGUAGAUAAUGUACACCAACUUUUGCUCAUAUAGAUAAUCAAAACAUUUUGUUGUUUGCAUGAUUGAUUUUUGUCAAUAUGUAACAUUAAAAAUCUUAUAAACUUAA